AUGAAAGAUAUCUAUAAUGACCCUCAAUGUGUUGAACCACAAAAAUAUGGUAUUGGUUAUUCCAGUGCACUCGAUGCAUGUGUAACCAUAGACUAUGACUUUUCUUUUGUUUUUAAACAAAAGAAUGAUAUCGAAAUCCAAUGGAAUAAAUACCCAUAUAAGGGGAGUAGCUCCUUAUUCGAGUGUAGCGAUGAAUCAAGUAUUCAAAACUCUACAUUUUAUGUUGGCUCAUGCAUCCCAUCUUCCGAUAUUCAGUUAAACACACAACAUCUUAAUAUGAAAUCAACAUAUUAUAAACUAUACUUUACCCAAGAGGUUUACUAUCCAUCUGGAAACGUCAUGGUUUCAAGCUACAGCAUCAAUGAUUGUAAUGCAAAUUCAAACAUAUACCUUAUUGAAUAUAUCUAUAGUGGUAGUAAAAUCAAUGUAGGUAGUAAAAACAAUCCAUUUAUAUUCCUUUGUUCAAACGGUGAACCAUAUACACAAUAUUGUCCAAAUGCCAGAGAUUGCCAACCACCUCAACCAUUAGAUGUUGGUUGUAAUCAAAUUGAACCAUUCUAUAACAACACAUCAUCCGACUCAAGUAGUGAACACAAUGAAAGUAGUAACGAUGAUAGCCAAACUGGGUGCCUCAGUGCUGGUUAUAGUGGCUAUACAGGUUGCUUACCAAACACAGGUAAAUCAAUUAGUGUUGUAGAAAAUAAUGGAGGAAGAAAACAAUCCAAUCCAACAAUUCAUAAUAAACCAAUUAACAACAACAAUGGUGGUAACGGUUUUAGUGGUAAUAAUCAAAAACCCAUAUUCUAUAACUCUAUUACCUGUUCAUGGAGUUAA